UUCUGCGCAUGCGUACAGUCCGAGUAGGAGAGAAGCUAAACAUUGGUAGUCAACAUGUCUACCGCUGCUGCUCAACAAAACAAUAACGGAGAGCCGGGACUGCAAGUUUCUUGGGUAGAACUGGAAAUCAAUGGCAACACAGAGGCACAACCCCCUCCUUCAGUAGCCCCCGCCCCUGAGCCGCUGAAUGGGAACGCCGGGGAGUCCGUCAUGGGGGUGCUUCCGGAGGAGCUGGACGAGAGCUUGGUAGGAGGCUUGGAGCAUGUGCCCUCCUCCUCCUCCAUCCACAAUGGAGACAUGGAGAAGAUACUACUGGAUGCACAGCAUGAGUCGAGCCAGAGCAGCUCCUCCUGUAACAGUCCGCACAGGCCGCCCAGCCCGGACCACGACCAGGACGAGGGUCAGAUCACCUUUGAUGUGGACAUGUCCAGCACAAGGGGAAGCCAGUCUGAGGAGGAGGAGGAGGCGGACGCAGAGAAGGAUAGGGAGGAAGAUAUCCUGAUGAACACCGGUGACGACUGGGUGAAUGACUGGUCGAGUAGACCUGAAAACAUCCCUCCAAAGGAGUUUCACUUCAAGCAUCCUAGGCGUUCAGGCUCCCUCAGUAUGAGGAAGAGCGGCGUGAUGAAGAAAGGGGGCGUGUUCUCCGCGGAAUUUCUCAAAGUCUUCAUCCCUUCCCUGCUCCUCUCACACAUCAUCGCUAUCGGCCUUGGGGUCUAUAUCGGGAAGAGAAUCGCCACAUCGCCAUCAAGCUCUUACUGAGUAAAAGCGAAAGCAGUGCCUGGAUGUUGAAUAAAUCCCGCAGUCUACGAAUCGUUUAAACAUCCUCUUCUGAUGUUCUUUGUAUCCUGUCUAGGUCAACCUUUAGUGUGCUCCUGUAGUGCUCUGCCUACACACAUUGAGUUGUGACUGCUUCUAGGUUUAGUAGGAUAAAUCACAUUGUGUAGUUCCACUGUCUCAAACUUUUAUAUAGGGCAGAAUGCUAUAAGGAGGUGAAAUCCCUCCGAAACCGAAUCAAUAUUAUUGUUUUCUUGCGCUGAGCUAAAAAACUAAAAUAGUGAUUAUUUGAUGAUGGAGGUCAAUAAAGGGGCAUGGAAUUUCUACAGAUUUUGUCAAUGAUUUUGACAAAAAUAUUUGUAAUUAUGUAUUCCUGAGUCAAUGUUUUGCACGAGUUCAGCUGCAUCUAACUCUAUAAGAUGCGAAAAUAAGUUUGACAGACCAUUUGAAAGGCCAUUCAACUUUUUGCAGCAUACAACUAUUGCAUUAACCCAUAAUAUAAUAUGUUUGGGUGCCAAAUAUGUAUAUCACCUCUGCACAUCGGUGAUAGACUUUGAAAUUGUCUUACAUGUUAAAGUAUUGAAGUAGAUGUGAAAGUAAUUAAAGCUGUGAUCUUUUCAAUUUAUUACACACCUUGUGACUUAACUUAUAUGAAAUGUUCAGCUUAUAAAUUGUUGCAGUUUGAGUUAUAAUUAACUUUUCUCUUCUAUGUAUAGUUUAACAAAUGUUUGCUAAUUGCUAAACUGGUCUUGAAGGUGUGUUUCUGAUGGAAAAAAUAAUUAUUUUUCUGUGCUAAAAAAGAGUUGUAAUCGGAUAGAAUUACCAUUCCUUUGAUAUUACACAAAUUAAAUGUCUUGUUUUUGUAUGUUAUAAAUUAGAGAAAAGGGUUGGAAAACCAAAAGCUUUUUUUCUUUAAUCACAGCUUUUGUAAAUCGUAGCCAUGCAAAUGUAUUCACUUAUAAUUGCAGGUACGGAAGAGAAGGACUAAUCACAAACUAAUAAUUUGCAUGUCUCAGACACUAGCUUGUUUUUGUUCAACAUUUAACCUUUUCUUUAGGCAUGUCAUGUUAGUAGCCUUAUUUUACAUAGAGUCCAAGCACAUUGUCAUAUGGAGGGCAGGGCCCUCACAAAGGUCAUCUAUUAUUCUAGCAGUGACAGAAAUAGAUGGCUGACGAUGAGAGAUGUGUUACAAUUGUACAUAUAUUGUGGUCAUAACAAAACAAAAAUAAAAGUCUUCUUCCUCGUC